GUCACUAAGGAUCCUGUCGGCAAUCAGUCACAGUCACAAGUUCAUCUCUAGGACAGACUCAUCGGCCAUCUGGAGAGAGUCUUGAGAGAUAUCAUUCAUUUGGUCAUCUCUUCCCAUCUCUCUUGUGACUCAAGCAGCCGACCCUCAAGAUGCCUCCACCACCCCAUAUCAGGCCUGAGAAUGUGCUCAGACGAGCGCAAGAGCUCAUUGCCGUCGACCAAACCCAAGCGGCUCUCAACGUCCUCCAUGAACAUGUCACCUCCAAACGUUCCCGGAAUAGCCCCAUCUCCUCCUUGGAGCCGGUUAUGCUCCUUUUCGUCGAGUUGUGUGUCGAUCUAAGAAAGGGCAAAUCCGCAAAAGAUGGACUGUACCAGUACAAGAACAUUGCACAAAACACGAACGUGGGAACGAUCGAGUUGGUCUUGAAAAAAUUCAUUGAGCUCGCCGAACAAAAAGUUCAGGAGGCUCAAGCCAAGGCUGACCAGGUUCAAUCGUCGCUUGAGUCGGCGGCGAGUGCCACAGCCCUCAAUGUCGAAGACCUCGAGGCCACCGAAACUCCGGAAACCAUCCUCCUCGCUACUGUCUCCGGUGAACAAUCCAAAGAUCGAACGGAUCGAGCAAUUGUUACGCCAUGGCUCAAGUUCCUCUGGGAGACGUAUCGCACAGUCUUGGAGAUCCUGAAGAACAAUGCUCGUCUGGAGGUUAUGUAUCAGAGCACUGCUCAUCAAGCCUUCGAUUUCUGUCUCAAGUAUACGCGAAAGACUGAAUUCCGUCGGCUGUGUGAACUCCUACGAAACCAUGUGCAGAAUGCUGCCAAAUACUCCUCCCAAAUGCACGCCAUCAAUUUAAAUGAACCCGACACUCUACAGCGUCAUCUCGAAACACGUUUUCGACAGUUGAAUGUGGCAGAUGAGCUUGAAUUAUGGCAGGAGGCUUUCCGCAGCGUCGAAGAUAUCCAUAUGCUUCUUACACUUUCCAAGCGACCGGCGAAGAAUGUCAUGAUGGCCAAUUAUUACGAGAAGCUCACCAAGAUCUUUCUUGUCAGUGACAACUUUUUGUUCCAUGCAGCAGCGUGGAACAAGUACUACAACCUACUCCGACAGUCCGCAGCUGCCAUCGCAUCUGGCCAGUCUCCAAAGCGCGAUAACCCAGCUGUCACGGAGGAUUCUUUGACCAAGGCCGCCUCCUUUGUACUGCUUUCUGCGUUGGCUAUUCCCGUUAUCAGCACGUCUCGUUCGCGAGGUGCGUUGGUCGAUGUGGAUGAGGCACGGAAGAACAAGAACAAUCGCUUGACCAACCUUCUCAGCAUGCCAUUUGCGCCAACAAGGGCAGGACUCUUCAAGGACGCACUCAGCAAGGGCUUGCUCAAGCGUGUUCGACCGGAGAUUCGGGACCUCUACAAUAUCCUUGAGGUCGAUUUCCAUCCUCUCUCGAUUUGCAAGAAGAUCUCGCCUAUUCUGGCUCAGAUCGGAGCUGAUCCCGAAAUGGAGAAAUAUGUUCUUCCUCUCCAGCAAGUCAUCCUUACCCGCCUCUUCCAGCAACUCUCACAAGUCUACGAAUCAGUGGAGUUGAGUUUUGUGACGCGGCUCGCUCAGUUCCCUGCGCCAUUUGAGGUGACUCCCGCAAUGAUCGAGAAGUUCAUCAUGAAUGGUUGCAAAAAGGGCGAUCUGUCCAUCAGACUUGACCAUAUUUCUGGUAUCUUGGCCUUCGACUCCGAUGUCUUCUCCUCUGCGAAGGCUCUCCAUCCGGGCAGCGCGGCAGGAUCGGCAGAGAGCGAAGUUGGUUCAGUCCAAAGACUUCAGAAUACUCCAGCCGAGAUUGCUCGAUCGCAGCUUACAAGACUGGCAAAGACUUUGCAUGUGACAUGCAUGUAUGUCGACCCAUCGUACAACCAGGCUCGUUUGGCGGCGAGAGAAACCGCUCUUGCUCGCGCUGAGGCUGGAGCCGAACAAGAGCACCAGGAGACUCUCGAGAGGCGUGUCGUCAUCGAGAAGAAAAAGGAAGCGGCUUCAGAGGCUUUCCAGAAGAGACAGAGAGAGGAAGAAACUCGUCGUCGCAUUCGUGCUCAACAGCAGGCAGAGGCUGAAUCUCAGCGCCUGCGCGAUGAGACAAGAGCUCGUGAGCUCAAGCGUGUGAAGGAUGAGCAAGCCCGCAUUCGACGUCAGGAAAUAGAAAAACAGCUAGCCGAACUGCAAAGUGGCAUGAAGAUCGAUCUCCAAGACGUGAACAUUGACGAACUGGAUUCGAACCAAAUCCGUUAUCUCAAGUUGUCACAACUCGAGAAAGACAAGAAAGAAAAGGACGAACGCAUCCGCAUCACGGCCAAGCGUCUCGAUCAUCUCGAGCGUGCAUUCCGCCGGGAGGAGCUCAAGUACCAACAGUCGGAUUAUGAAAAGCAGCGGGAGGAAGACAUGAAGAUCUACGAGCAAAACAAAGAGCUCAUGCUGAAGGAAGCACAGGAAAAGCAUAAGGAAGGUCUGGCUCUGAAGCAUCGUCUCAGCAGACUCGUCAAAGAGUAUGACACCUUCAAGGGCCAAAUCACGGAGCGUCGUGCUGCUGAGUUUGAGAGGCUUCGUAAGCGAGCCGAGCGGGAGUUUGAGGAAGAGAAGCGCAAACGGAUCAAGGCUUACCACGAGGAGAAGGCCAGACAGCGUGCAGCCCAAGAAGCCGAAGAGCGUCGCAUUCGCGAGGAGGAAGAGCGUAGACAGCGCGAGGACGAGGAGAAAGCGAAGGCCGAGGAAGAAAAGAAACGAGUUGCCGCCGAGCGACGAGCUCAGGCGGAGGCCGCUCGACUCGAACGCGAAGAAGCCGCGAGAAAACAGAUGCAACGUGAGGAAGAAGCUGCAGCGAGGAGAGCGGCUCGAAAAGCCGAACAAGGAGCGCCGGUGCCGGCGCCGGCGCCGUUCUCUCGCGGAGGACCGAGAGAAGCCCCUCCCAUGGAAGCCCGGACCGAGUCCCAAGAAGGCCCACGAACCGCACCUCGUCUUCAACUGGCCGGUAAAGCCGGCGGCGGCUGGCGCGAACGACAAGCCGCAAAAGAAGCUUCCAUCCCUGGUGGUCCUGGACCGGUUCCUGCAGAGGCUUCCGCUCCGUCUCAGGCUGCGCCUUCAGUUCAAGAACCACCAGCCCGUCGCCAAGGUGGAUAUGUUCCUCCACAUCUUCGUGAAAGCGGAUCUGCUCGAUCUGGGCCAGAUCAUCCACCUGCUCGUGACUAUCACCACCCGCCUGCUCGCGACCAUCAUCCACCUGCGCGCAAUGCGUCCGCGUCUCCCGCUAACGGCGCACAAGGCGGACGUUAUGUGCCGAUGCACAUGAGGGAUGGAGGCCGCAGCUUGUCAAGAGAAGGGGCGGGUUCUCCAGCACAGGGCAGUGGUGACGAAGCAGCACAGAGAAAGCCUGCGUCGGGGGGGCCAGGAAGGUACGUGCCUCCAAGUAUGCGCAGUCGCCAGCAGUGAAGGGCCAAGGGUUGGACCGAGCUUGGUGGAGGCAGCUAGGGAAGAAUGAGGUCGCGGAGAUGGUGGCGGUUGUUCAUUCUUGCCUAAAAGUUAGGUACCUGUAAUUUAAGUCUCCCGGCAUUGAGUUAGUCAGUCGUUUGCAUCCAAAUUGAGACGGCCACAUAGUUGUAUUAGCGGCGCAAUCAAGACGGAGGCGCAAGGCCAAUUCCCAUAGCAACUAGGGGUGUGUUCAUUCUGGCUCGACAGGCCUCUUAACUGCCUUUUCCAUUG